AUGUUUGAUUUAAUAGUUAGCGGAACUCGAACCUCAGAUGUGGUGCCAAAGCUUAUGCAAAACGGUGUACCCGUUAAUCCCAAAGAAAUCGAAAUCAUUGUGAAAGACGACAAAAUUGUUGUGACAUUUAAAAAGCCGACGCGAGAGAGUUCUGGUGGAUAUGACUUCAGUCUAUCCAACUCUCAGGGCGAGAGCAAAACCCCUCUUAAAUUCAAUUUCGUUGACGUGCCCUCACCUCCGGAGGGGCCGCUCGAAGUGACCGACUUGUUCAGAGACCGGUGCAAACUGGCCUGGAAGCCACCCAAAGACCUUGGAGGACUUCCUCUUUUGCAUUAUGUGGUGGAGCGCCAGGAUUUGGCCGUUAGGGGCGGUUGGACUGAAGUGGGCACCACUGAGAGCUGUAAGAUGGAUGUCACCGAUUUGGCCCAUAAGAAGGAAUAUAAAUUCCGCGUCCGAGCCGUCAACAAAAAGGGCACUUCAGAGCCAUUGACUGCACCCAAGACUUAUUUAGCCAAAGAUCCCUACGACGAGCCCUCCAAACCCAAAGACCUGGAGAUUGUCGACUGGGAUAAGGAUCACGUGGACCUCAAAUGGAAGGCCCCCGAGAAGGAUGGCGGCGCUCCCAUUGAGAAAUAUGUCGUCGAAUCGAAAGACAAGUUCUCUCCCGAUUGGGUGCCAUGUCUUGAAGUAUCGGGUAAUGAAUUGAAGGGAAAGGUGACUGCAGUGAAGGAGAACAUGCAGUACCAGUUCAGAGUCCGGGCCAUCAAUAAGGCGGGACCGGGAGAGCCCAGCGACCCGACCAAGAAUUUGAUAGUAAAGGCUCGCUUCGCUAAACCAUUCAUUAUUGGUGAAGAACUCAAGAAUGUUGUGGUGAAGAAGGGAGCGAUCAUUAAAUACGACAUUCAGUUCGGAGGCGAACCGCCGCCGGACGUCGUUUGGACUAUCAAUUCAACGGAAUUGAAGCCUUCGAGUCGAAUAUCCAUUGAAAACACUCCUAAAACUACUUUAUUGAUCAUAAAACAGGCCGUGAGAGGAGAUUCCGGCAAAAUUACGUUAACCCUAACGAAUAGUUCAGGUUCUGUGAGCUCAACGGCCGAUGUGGUGGUACUCGAUAAGCCCACACCACCUGAAGGUCCUCUCAUUGUCGAAGAAAUAUUCGCUGAAUCAGCGAAACUCAAAUGGAAACAACCGAAAGACUUGGGAGGAUCUGAACUCAAAGGCUAUCAAAUCGAGAAGAUGGAUGUGGACACCGGUCGGUGGGUUCCCUGUGGCGAAGUUGGACCUAACGCUACGUCCUUUAAGUGUGAGGGACUGACUAAAGGAAAGAAAUAUAAGUUUAGAGUCAAAGCUCUCAACAAAGAGGGAGAAUCGGAUCCUUUAGAGACCGAUCAACCGAUAACUGCAAAGAAUCCAUACGACGAGCCAUCAAAGCCCGGAAAACCCGAUAUUGUGGACUACGAUAACACAAGUGUUUCCCUCAAAUGGGCGCCGCCUGAGAAAGAUGGCGGACGUCCUAUUGAGAGAUAUAUUGUAGAAAUGAAAGACAAAUUCAGUUCUGACUGGAAGGAAGUGCUCAAAACAGAGGGGCCCACACCUGAGGCAACCGUUAAAAAUCUUAAUGAGAACUCUUCGGUCCAAUUCCGAGUGCGCGCCGUUAACCUCGCGGGUCCGGGAGAACCAAGCGAUGCCACGGAUCAGCACAUUGUGAAACACAGAAACUUGAAACCAUAUAUAGACAGAACCAAUCUGAAGAACAUUAUCAUCAAAAGCGGUCGAACCCACAAAUAUGACGUCGACAUCAGAGGUGAACCCCCGCCCACUGUCGUCUGGACUUUCGGCGAAUCAAAUGUUAAACUUUCUGACGAUAUAAACAUUAAGAUUGAGAACAGGGACUAUCACUCAGAGCUGACAGUCUCGAAGGCCACCCGAAAACAGUCGGGAAAAUACACGAUAACUGCGACCAACAAAAACGGAACCGACUCUGUUGUGGUCGACCUGACAGUAUUGGCCGCUCCGUCCAAACCUGAAGGACCUCUUGAAGUGACAGACAUUCACAAAGAGGGCUGUAAACUGAAGUGGAAGAAACCCAAAGACGACGGCGGGUCUCCUAUAAAGCAAUACGAUGUCGAGAAGUUCGACAAAGAGACGGGUCGUUGGACUCGAUGUGGAAAGACUGACAAACCAGAGAUCGAUGUGACGGGACUGACCCCCGGAAAGGAGUACUUAUUCAGAGUUACGGCAGUCAAUGAAGAGGGAGAUUCAGAGCCGUUGACUACUUUGGAGGCUAUUAUUGCCAAAAACCCUUACGACGAGCCCACUAAGCCGGGCACUCCUGAAAUCAUCGAUUAUGACAAUACUAGUGUUGAACUGAAGUGGACCCCACCUAAGAGUGAUGGCGGCGCUCCCAUUCAGAAGUAUAUCAUUGAAAAGAAGGAGAAGAAUGCCUUGAAUUGGGAAAAGGCGGCUGAAGUGAUAGGCAAUGUAUGUGAAGGCAAAGUGGAAGAACUGAAAGAGAGAACUGAAGUACAGUUCCGAGUGGUCGCUGUCAACAAGGCUGGUCCGAGUGAACCGAGCGAUGCCACCAAAAACCAUGUCGUGAAACACAGACGACUCAAACCAUAUAUCGACAGAACAAAUCUCGAGAUGAUUACCGUUAAGAGGGGAAAACAAGUGAAACUGGACGUGAAUGUGAGGGGCGAACCCCCGCCCGCUAUUGCCUGGAAGCUCGCGGACAAGGAAGUGAAGGGCGACGAGAACUAUGAGAUCGUUAACGUCGACUACAACACAAAAUUCACAAUUAAUGACUGCCAACGCAAACACACCGGUCUAUACAAGAUCAUUGCCGUCAAUGAGGUCGGGAAGGAUGAGGCGGAGGUCGAGAUAUGUGUGCUCUGCGCCCCCUCCAGACCUAAGGGACCCCUCAAAGUGGAUAACGUGACCGCAAAACAAUGUGAUCUUCACUGGCAAAAGCCAGAUGACGACGGCGGACGACCCAUUCAGGGCUAUGCUAUUGAGAAGUUGGAUCCAUUGACUGGCAAUUGGGUGCCCUGUGGUCGCACUGAUAAGGAUACCACUGAUUUCCAGGUGACAGGUCUUCAACAGGGAAAGUGUUAUCAGUUUAGAGUCAAAGCUAUUAACUCUGAGGGAGAAUCAGAACCAUUGGUUACAACUGAACCCAUUGUGGCUAAGAAUCCGUACGAAUCAGCCAACGCUCCUUCAAAGCCAGACAUUGUGGACUGGGAUGAGAAACACGUGGAUCUCGUUUGGAAACCUCCUAAGAAUGAUGGAGGCGCUCCUAUCACUGGUUAUAUCGUUGAAGUUAAAGACAAAUUGAGCAGUCAUUGGGAACCAGUGCUCGAAACUAAUUCACCGAAACCCGAAGCAACAGUUGCCGGUCUUAUUAAAGGCAAAGAAUACCAGUUCCGCGUCAAAGCUGUUAAUAAGGCGGGUCCGGGAGAGGCCAGUGAACCGACUGGUCUUCACACCUGCAAAGAACGUCAUUUGAAACCACAUAUAAAUCGUGAUAAUCUGCAACCCAUUACUAUCAGAGCCGGCAAUUCAGCCAAAGUUGACGUUGAGAUCAGUGGCGAACCGCCGCCGAAAGUCGAAUGGAUUUUCGCAGGAAAACCACUUGAAGCUGAUCUCAACACCAAAAUUGAAAACCCAGACUACGAGUCACACAUUCAGCUCAAGAAUAUGACCCGCAAACAGACGGGUAAAUACAAGAUCGUCGCCACAAAUGAGUCCGGAAAGGAUGAGGCGGAGGUCGAGAUCAAUGUGUUGGACAAACCGGGCAAACCUGAGGGACCUCUUGACGUGUCUGAUGUUCACGCAAAUGGAUGUACUCUUGAUUGGAAUCCACCCAAAGAUGACGGAGGAGUACCUCUUCAGGGAUAUGUUGUCGAGAAGAAAGACAUCUCCAGCGGUCGAUGGGUUCCAGUGGCUAAAGUGGCUCCGGAUAAGACCACUGUAGACGUGACCGGUUUGGACACCGGAAAGAAGUAUGAGUUCAGAGUUAAAGCCGUCAAUGAAGAAGGAGAGUCUGAGCCGCUCGAUACCGACCGCACAGUACUCGCCAAGAAUCCAUUCGAAGAGCCGGGAGCGCCAGGACUUCCCACUAUUGAAGACUACGAUAAAGACUUUGUUGAACUCAAAUGGGAGGCACCCAUACGUGAUGGCGGCGCUCCCAUCACUGGGUAUAUCAUUGAAAAGAAAGACAAAUACAGUCACGACUUCGUACCGGCCGCUGAAAUACAAGGAAAUAUUUGUAAAGGAAAGGUGACGGGACUUAAUGAGGGCGACAAAUAUGAGUUCCGAGUGCGGGCUGUUAAUAAGGCCGGUCCCGGAGCGCCAUCCGAUUCAACGGCUCCUCAUUUGGCGAAACCUCGCUUCUUGAAGCCAAAGAUCGACAGAACAAACCUAAAGCCCAUUACUAUAAAAGCCGGACAAAUGGUUAUGCUUGACGUCAACGUGUCUGGAGAGCCGCCGCCGACUAUUGUAUGGAAACUCAAAGACAAAGAGCUCUCUUCGGGAGAAACCUAUGCAAUCGAUAACAUCGAUUACAACACCAAAUUUAAUCUGUUGAGGGCCACGAGGAAGGAGACGGGAACCUACACUAUAAUCGCCACUAACAGUAGCGGUACAGACGAGGCCACAGUCGAAGUCAAUGUUCUCGGAAAGCCUUCUAAACCUAACGGUCCCUUAGAAGUAACUGAUGUUCACAAAGAGGGCUGUAAACUGAAAUGGAAGCCUCCGGACGACGACGGGGGGACUCCUAUAGAGUGUUACGAAGUGGAGAAAAUGGAUGAGGAGACGGGCCGUUGGGUUCCGUGCGGAAAGUCUAAAGAGCCGUCCAUUGAAGUCACUAAUUUAGUUCCCGGAAGAAAGUAUAAGUUUAGGGUCCGGGCAGUCAAUAAAGAGGGAGAUUCUGAUGAACUCGAAACGGAUCACUCGACUGUCGCUAAGAAUCCAUUCGACGAGCCCUCCAAACCUGGGCGACCGGAGCCGACAGAUUGGGACAAAGAUCACGUCGACCUCACGUGGAGUCCUCCCGAUUCUGACGGCGGCGCUCCCAUUGAGGGCUAUAUUAUAGAGAAACGCAAGAAAGGACAGCAUAAAUGGCAAAAAGCCAAGACUUUGCACACACCCGACACCAAAGCAACGGUUCCCGACUUGGAAGAAGGCGAAGAAUAUGAGUUCCGAGUGAUUGCUGUCAACAAAGCGGGUCCGAGUGAACCGAGUGAUGCCUCGCGCUCUGUCAUCGCUAAACCUCGAAGAUUAGCGCCGAUUAUUGACAGAACAAACCUAAAGAAUAUUACGAUAAGGAGUGGACAACCCGUCAAAUUCGAUGUCGACGUGAAAGGAGAGCCGCCGCCGACUAUUGAAUGGACUUUUAAUGGCGAGAAACUCAAGACCGAUGACAACCACUCCAUCGACAAUGAGCCAAAUCACACACUAUUCAUACUUUCAAAGUCCAAACGCAAUGACACCGGAAAUUAUGUGAUAACCGCUAAAAACGAGUUCGGAAGCGACGAAGCCGUGGUUGAGGUGAAAGUGCUGAGCAAACCGGGCAAACCCAAAGGUCCCCUUCAGGUGAACGACGUGCACGCGGAGGGCUGUAAACUCAAGUGGGAGAAGCCUGAAGAUGACGGCGGAGAACCCAUCAGUGGAUAUGUGGUCGAGAAGAUGGACGUCGACACCGGCAGAUGGGUUCCCGUCACCACUGUUCGCGAACCAGAAGCUGAAGUUAAAGGACUUAUUGCCGGAAAGGAAUACAAAUUUAGAGUCAAAGCCGUCAACUCUGAGGGCGAAUCAGAACCACUCGAAAGCGAUCUUCCGGUUGUGGCAAAGAAUCCAUUCGACGAACCGGGAAAACCAGGCAAACCGUCCGCCAAAGACUGGGACAAACAUCACGUCGACCUCACGUGGAAGGCGCCCGACAACGAUGGCGGCGCUCCUAUUACUUCGUAUAUUAUUGAGAAAAAAGAUAAAUACAGCACUAAAUGGCAAAAAGCUGCCGAAGUUAUCGGCGAUAAAUGCGAGGCUAGAGUUGCCGAACUCAUUGAGGGAAUGGAGUAUCAGUUCCGUGUGAAAGCGGUCAACAAAGCAGGUCCGGGCGCUCCCAGCGAUGCCAGCGAUAGCAUCACUGCAAAGCCCAGAAAUUUAGCGCCGAAGAUAGACAGGUCUACACUACGAGACGUUGUCUUACACGCCGGACAGACAUUUAAGUUUGACGUGAAAGUCAUUGGCGAACCACCGCCUAAAACCUUAUGGUUUGCAAACGACACUCCCAUUAAGAAUGAUAGCCAACACACCGUUGAGAACGAGCCCUACAGAACCAAACUGGCCGUCAGUGGAGUGGAGCGUAAAGACACCGGAGUUUAUAAGAUAACUGCAGAAAAUCCUUCGGGAAAAGACGAGGCAGAAGUCAAAGUGACUGUUCUCGAUGUGCCCUCACCUCCUGAAGGCCCUCUCGAGGUGACUGAUGUUCACGCGGAGGGAUGUAAACUCAAAUGGAAAGAACCCAAAGAUGACGGCGGAGUUCCCAUUGAGUCCUAUGUUGUCGAGAAACAAGACACACAAACGGGACGUUGGGUUCCCGUCGGGUCGACCACUCGGCCUGAAAUCGCUGUCAAUAACUUAGAGCCCGGAAAGGAAUACAAGUUUAGAGUGAAAGCCAUUAACGCUGAGGGAGAGUCUCUGCCUUUGGAGACAUUACAGCCCAUUGUGGCUAAGAAUCCAUUUGACCCUCCGGGAGCUCCGGGCACUCCUGAGAUGACAAACUAUGACAAGGAUUUCGUCGAACUUAAGUGGCAGAAACCCAUCAAAGACGGCGGCGCUCCCAUCACUGGUUAUAUCAUAGAAGUGAAGGAAAAGGACGGCACGCGUUGGGUUAAAGGCGCCACAAUUGAUGGGGACGUUACCUCAGGCAAGGUUCCGGAUCUUGUUGAGGGAGAGACCUAUCAGUUCCGAGUAAAGGCAGUGAACGCCGCCGGUCCGGGAGAGGCCAGCGAUGCCUCGAAAGGAAUUCUUGUGAAACCGCGUAAACUUCCGCCGAAAAUCGACAGAAGAAAUUUAAUCAAUGUAUCGAUAAAAGCCGGUCAGACCUUCUCGUUCGACGUGAACGUGAAGGGAGAGCCGGCGCCUGAAACUGUCUGGAAGAUUAAGGACAAGACAGUUGUGGAGCGCCCAACCCUUCACGUUGAAGACAAACCCUAUAAUACAAAACUAAUUUGCGAUAAAGCAGAGCGAAAAGACUCUGCAAUUUAUCACAUAAUCGCUACAAAUCAAUGGGGAAGAGAUGAGGCAGAGGUUGAAGUGAUAGUUGUCUCUAAACCGGACAAACCUGAGGGUCCUCUUGAAGUGAGUGAUGUUAACAAAAAUGGAUGUCAUCUGAAAUGGAAGAAACCCAAAGACGAUGGCGGAGAGCCAUUGGACGGCUAUAUUGUGGAGAAACUGGAGCCGGAAACGGGUGCGUGGGUUCCCAUCGCUAAAACACAUUUACCCGAAACAGAUGUGACGGGACUGACACCCGGAAAGUCAUAUCAGUUUAGAGUGAAAGCAGUGAACAAAGAGGGAGAAUCAGAACCUCUUGAAACAGACUUUCCGAUUGUGGCAAAGGAUCCGUUCGACACACCCGGACAGCCAGGAAAGCCAGAAGCGACCGAUUGGAACAAAGAUCACGUCGACCUCAAAUGGACGCCUCCCAUCUCGGAUGGCGGCGCUCCCAUCACUUCUUAUAUAAUUGAAAAGAAAGAGAAGGGUUCACCCAAAUGGAUAAAAGCCGCAGAAGUGGCCGGCGAUCAGACCAAAGGUACCGCUCCUCACCUCGAAGAAGGAAAGGAAUACGAGUUUAGAGUGACGGCAGUCAACAAAGCGGGUCCGGGAGAGCCAAUGGCCCCACAUAUCGACCGAAAGAACUUGAAUGACAUCACCUUAAGAGUGGGUCAGGCCAUCAAGUUUGACGUCGACGUGACGGGUGAACCGCCGCCGACUAUAGUCUGGCACUUGAAUGAGGAGCCGAUUAAAGGCGAUCAACACAUCAAAGUAGACAACGAGGACUACAACACCAAACUCACGGCAAGGAACUCAACGCGAGCCGAUUCCGGCAAAUAUGUCAUCACUGCUACCAAUAGCUCGGGCAGAGAUCAGGCGACUGUCAAUGUUCUGGUCAUCGAUAAGCCCACACCUCCUGAGGGACCGUUAGAUGUGUCCGAUGUCCAUAAGGAGGGCUGUAAAUUGAAAUGGAAACCACCUAAAGAUGACGGAGGAAUACCUCUCGAGGGAUAUCUCGUGGAGAAACUGGACACCGAUUCGGGAAUUUGGGUUCCGGUCGGUAAAUGCAAAGAACCGCAAAUGGAUGUGACGGGUCUGACGCCCGGAAAGGAAUACAAAUUCAGAGUCGCGGCCGUUAAUAAAGAGGGAGAAUCAGAGCCAUUGGAAGCACUCAAACCUAUUAUCGCUAAAAAUCCUUUCGACGAACCGGGAAAACCCGGAACACCAGAAGCGACCGAUUGGGACAAAGAUCACGUGGAUCUUAAAUGGACGCCUCCUGCUAGCGAUGGCGGCGCUCCUAUUACUGGAUAUAUAAUUGAAAAGAAGGACAAAUGGGGUGAUUGGGAAAAAGCUGUGGAAGUGCCCGGGGAUAAGACCACAGCAACAGUGCCCGGUCUGAUCGAAGGACAACCCUAUGAGUUCAGAGUGAAGGCUGUGAACAAAGCGGGUCCGGGAGAGCCCAGCGAUGCCUCCAAGACUAUUGUUGCUAAACCCAGACGAUUGGCGCCAAAGAUUGACAGAAACGCGUUGAACAAAGUGAAGAUCAAAGCCGGACAGACCUUCAACUUUGACGUCAACGUCAUCGGAGAGCCCCCGCCCGACAUCACAUGGACUUUGAAGGGACGGAAAGUCACUUCUGGCGAUAAAAUCAAAUUAGUGAACGAACCCUACAAUACGAAACUCAAUGUCCGUCAGGCGACCCGCGCCGACAGCGGCACCUAUACUAUCACUGCUGUCAAUGAGAACGGCAAAGACGAGGCCACAGUCGAAGUGUUGGUUCUCGACAGACCCGCACCCCCUGAAGGGCCCCUUAAAAUUGACGACAUUCACGCCGAGGGCUGUACUCUUAAAUGGAAGCCUCCUGAAGAUGAUGGCGGAGCCCCUAUUGAUCAUUACGUCGUCGAAAAACAGGAUCCAUUGACUGGAGUUUGGGUUCCCGUGGAGCAGACUAUUGGACCCGAAACUCAACUCAAAGUGAAAGGAUUGCAACCAAACAAGAAAUACAAGUUUAGAGUGAAGGCUGUCAACAGACUCGGAGACAGCGAUCCACUGAAUGCUGACAAAGAAAUACUCGCGAAGAACCCGUUCGACGAACCGGGAAAACCAGGCACUCCUGUAAUAGACGAUUACGACAAAGACUUUGUGAAACUGAAAUGGAAGGAACCGGAGAGCGACGGCGGGUCUCCCAUCACGGGGUAUGUCAUCGAAAAGAAGGACAAAUACAAUCCCGAUUGGGUUCCAGUGGCCGAAGUGGUGGGUAAUGUGACGACAGGAAAAGUGCCGGAUCUGGUCGAAGGUAAUCAAUACGAGUUCAGAGUGAGGGCCGUCAAUAAAGGGGGUCCGGGAGUGCCGUCUGACUCGACGGGCACUCAUACGGCCAGACCUAAGAACGCUCCGCCGAAGAUCGACAGGAAUGCGAUGCGAGACAUCAAAGUGAAGAAGGGAAAGACCAUCGAAAUCGAAGUCCCCGUCACUGGAGAGCCGCCGCCCACUAAGAAGUGGGCCCUCGAGGGCCUUCCUGUCAGCGAAGACUCGCGAUGGAGUGUCACUAAUGAAGACUAUAAGACAAAACUUGUCAUCAAAAACGCAGAGCGCGGAGAUUCAGGUGUCCUGACACUGACCGCGACUAACAUUAAUGGCACCGACAGCGCAACCCUUAAGAUCAAUGUGUUGGACGUCCCGAAAGCGCCCGAAAACAUGAGAAUCAGUGAUAUAACGAAAGAGAGUUGUGUCGUCGCCUGGAGUCCACCCAAAGACGACGGAGGGUCUGAGAUCUCACACUAUGUGGUCGAGAAGAAAGACAUCGAAACGGGCCGUUGGAUUCCAGUGGGAGAGGCCUUCGAUAAUAAGAUGAAAGUCGAUAAACUCCUCGAUCAUCACGAAUACCAGUUCCGCGUCAAAGCGGUCAACAAAGAGGGAGAGUCGCCAUAUCUGACCGGAAGAGACACUAUUGUCGCCAAAAAUCCAUUCGAGACGCCAGACAAGCCGUCGCCGCCACAGAUCGCCGACUGGGAUAAAGAUCACGUGGACCUCGAAUGGAAACCUCCUCGUCGUGAUGGCGGUGCGCCCAUCACUGGGUAUAUCAUCGAAAAGAAACUCAAGAGCAGCCCCUUCUGGGAGGAAGCACUCCGAGUGGCCGGAGAUAUCACUAAAGGAACUGUUCCUCAUCUGACAGAAGGAGAAGAAUAUGAGUUCCGCAUCACUGCUGUCAACAAAGCCGGUGCGAGUGAACCGAGCGAACCGUCCGAAUCAGUUGUGUGUAAACCACGAAAACUAGCGCCAAGUCUCGACACGUCUGCGCUCAAGAAUCUGAAAGUUCGCGCCGGAAGGCCUAUCAACUACACUAUACCUAUCAAAGGAGAACCGGCACCGACAGCCACCUGGACUAUCAAUGGAAAGUCUGUUGCCAAUGACAAUCGCAUGGAUGUGAGCGGUACUGCCGGCCAGACUAUACUAGACAUCCCAACAUCUGUGCGCUCAGACUCGGGAACCUUUACGCUAACACUUGAGAAUCCUUAUGGAAAAGUCUCGGCCUCUGCGACCGUCACUGUAUUGGACAGACCGUCGCCACCGGAAGGCCCGAUCAAUAUUAAAGACAUAACCAAAGAGUCGUGUCAUUUGAGUUGGAAAGAGCCCAAAGACGACGGCGGCGCUCCUAUUAAGCACUACUUGAUUGAGAAGAUGGACACCGCCCGGGGCUCAUGGGUUGAGUGCGGAACCACUCCCAACACGAACUUCAAAGUGACUAAACUUCAGCACAAGAAGUCCUAUAACUUCCGAAUCAUUGCAGUCAAUGAAAUGGGAGACUCAGACGCCUUAGAGUCUGAUCAUCCGAUUGUCGCCAAAAACCCGUACGAUGUGGCAGACGCUCCGGGAAGACCUAAUGUCGUCGAUUGGGACAAAGAUCACGUGGAUCUCGAAUGGACGGCACCUAAAGAUGACGGCGGGUCUCCCAUCACGGGGUAUAUCAUACAGAAGAAAGAAAAGGGAUCACCUUUUUGGUCAAAAGCCAUUACAGUUCCCGCGGGAAAAACAAAAGCAACAGUUCCUGACCUUAAAGAGGGACAGGAGUACGAGUUCAGAGUUAUCGCCACAAACAAAGCCGGAGAGAGUGAACCGUCGGAGCCGUCAGAUCUGGUGACGUGUCGGCCCAGAAAUUUGGCGCCAAAGAUAUUGACGCCUAUGAAGGAAGUGAGAGUCAAAGUCGGACAGAAACUUAAUGUUGAGAUCAAAUUCAUCGGAGCUCCUGUUCCUCAAGUGGACUGGACUUUGAACGGAAAACCCUUAAAGUCAGAUAACAGGGCCACUGUUUCUGACUUUGAUGACCACACCAUCAUUAAUAUAGUUGACGCCAAGAGGUCUGACAGCGGAUCCUAUACUUUGAAGUUAGAAAAUAUUAACGGCAAAGACGAGGGAACGAUGGCUGUCAUUGUUCUCGACAAACCCGGUGCUCCUGAAGGACCCCUUAAUAUUGAUUCUGUUGAUAAAGAUAGGGUUGACCUCUCGUGGAGACCUCCUAAAGACGACGGCGGAAGUGAAAUAACGGGUUAUGUGGUGGAGAAGAGAGACAAGACAACAGGCGGUCAAUGGGGUCCAGCAGUGCUUCACGUGUCGCCCAAAGCUACCGAAUGUACGGUUCCUAAGCUUAUCGAAGGACAUGAAUACGAGUUUAGAGUUAUGGCUGAAAACGCUCAGGGAUUGAGUGAACCACUGAAGACAGACAGAGCUGUCAAAGCUAAGGCACCGUAUGGAGUGCCUCAACGACCCGGACAGCCAGAAGUGGUGGACAGCGAUAGAGAUUUCAUCAAAAUCAAAUGGGCGGCGCCCAGAAACGAUGGUGGAUCUCCUAUCACUGGAUAUGAUGUCGAGCGCAAAGACCUUAAGGGUAACCGAUGGCUCAAAGUCAACAGAGAGCCGGUGCGAGGGCUCGACUAUACGGACGAUUCGGUGACAGACGGACAUCUCUAUGAAUAUCGUGUUGUCGCUCGCAAUGCUGCCGGUGUGAGUGAGCCCAGUCCCCCAUCCAAAGCAAUCGCUGCCAAACCUCUCAAAGAGAAACCCAAACUUCAUUUGGACGGACUGUAUGGCCGCACAAUCCGAGUUCGCGCUGGAGAUCCCCUGGUCAUCAAUAUCCCAUUGACUGGAGCGCCACAACCAGAGGUGGUCUGGAGUGUAGACGACAGUCCUCUCAAACCAUCGAAUCGAGUCAUAACGGAAAACAAAGACGAAAUGAUUUCAUUGAAAAUUCCGGUCUCACAAAGAGGAGACACCGGAAAGUAUACCAUCAAAGCAACCAAUCCUUAUGGCGAAGAUUCUGCAGAUAUUCAGGUUUUGGUGUAUAACCAGCCCUCACCUCCAAGAGGUCCACUUGAAUAUCAGUCCGUCACUAAUUCGACGGUCACUUUGAAUUGGAAAACACCUGAAGACGACGGCGGGUCAGAAAUCAUUGGCUAUAGUGUCGAGAAGUGUGAGUUCGGGUCAGACAAGUGGAUUCCGGCCGGUUAUAGCACGGGUACUGUCCAUACGGCUAAGAACCUCGAAGAAGGCAAACAAUACAAGUUUAGGGUUAGGGCUGAGAAUAUGUAUGGCAUCAGUGAACCACUCGAUGGCAGACCUGUUGUCGCAAAGAAUCCCUUCGACACACCCGACGCGCCCGGACAGCCACAGAUUGAGGACUACGGACCCACUUUUGCUGCCAUCAAGUGGACGCCUCCUCUCUCAGACGGGGGUCGACCCAUUCAGGGCUAUAUUGUUGAGAAACGAGAGAAGGGUAGUCCCGAUUGGGUGGCCGUUAAUUCAUUGCCCACUCAUAAUACUGAGUUCACAAUUCCUAAUCUGACUGAAGGUCAGAGCUAUGAAUUCCGAGUGAUUGCCGUCAAUGAAGGCGGCAAAGGAAAGCCUAGCAAACCGUCGGCCACAAUGACCGCUAAAGAGCGUAAGUUCCCGCCCGACGCACCAGACAUGCCUCGGGUCGAGAAGAUCACUAAAACAGGUGUAACCCUUUCGUGGAAGAAGCCGUUGAACGACGGGGGAAGUCGUAUAACAGGAUAUCUGGUCGAAAAGAAACCCAAAGGCGCUAAGGAUUGGGAAAUCGUCAAUAAGUUCCCGACCCCUGACACCACUUAUGGCGUACAGAACCUCAUCGAAGGAAAUGAAUACGAAUUCAGAAUAAUAGCCGUCAAUGAUAUCGGCGACAGUCCUCCGAGCAGACCCUGUCCUAUGGUUAAAGUGGAAGACCAGCCAAACAAACCUAAGAUAGACGUCGGCGCUGUCAGAGACAUAACAGUAAAGGCUGGACAGGACUUCUCGAUCAACGUUCCGUUCACUGCUUUCCCGAAACCGACGGCCAACUGGUCCGUCAAUAACAAUGACAUCGAUUCGAGUGAUUCGCGAUUUAUGCAGAAAACGAGCGACGAUUACACACAACUCGUCUGCACUAACAGUAAACGCGAGUACACCGGAAAAUACAGUCUUCUCCUGAAGAAUAGUUGUGGUUUCGAUACCGUCACCUGUAAUGUGCGAGUAUUGGACAGACCGUCUCCGCCACAGAACGUGAGGGGAGAGGACGUUGAGGGCGACUCUCUCACACUCAAGUGGUCGCCUCCUAAAGACGACGGCGGCUCUGAAGUCACUAAUUAUGUGGUGGAGCGCAGAGAAAGUGGCUCUAAUGCCUGGACCCGCGUCAGUAGUUUCGCCAAUGGAACCGCUUUAAGAGUAAGAAAUCUAACGGUGGGCCGAUAUUAUGACUUCCGAGUGAUGGCUGAGAACCAAUACGGCACGAGUGACCCUGCUCAGACUGAUGAAUCCAUUCUGGCUAAACUGCCGUUCGAUACGCCCGACGCCCCGGGAAUUCCCAGAGCUAUCGACACGAGUGAGGACUCAAUAACCCUGACGUGGACUAAGCCUCGCAGUGAUGGCGGAUCUCCUAUUACUGGAUAUGUACUCGAAAAGCGUAAAGUGGGUGACAAGGAGUGGGCGCGAGCCUCACCCGCACUCAUAACAGACCUCACGUACAAAGUUCCCGGUCUUAAGAAUAACGAAGAGUACGAGUUCCGAGUGGCCGCCACCAACGCCGCAGGACAGGGACCCUUCAGCUAUGCCUCGGACGCCAUCAUUGUUCGCAGGCCUCCGUCUGCUCCUAAAAUUGAUGGAGACUUUGCUCUGAAGGACAUCGUUGUGAUGGCUGGCGAACAGUUCACACUUCGAGUGCCAUUCAACGGUUCGCCGACACCUAAAGCCGAGUGGACUAUAAAUGGAAAGACUGUUAUCCCUGACGACAGAAUCACGUCUGAAGUGAACGUUGCGUUCACUGUAUUACUCAACAAAAAAGCCAAACGCGAGGACUCAGGCAAAUACGGCCUCAAACUCACCAAUUCUGAGGGAUCGGACUCUGCCUUCUGUAGAGUACAAGUGGUCGACGUUCCCGAAGCACCGCAGGGACCGCUAGAAGUGAGUGACAUCACGCCUGAGAUGUGUUCACUGGCGUGGAGACCACCUCUCGAUGACGGCGGAAGUCCUAUCACUAACUAUAUCGUUGAAAAACAAGACCAAACCACCAAAAUAUGGACCAAAUUGAGUGCAUUCGUGAGGGGCUGUCAUUACGAUGUGAUAGGACUCCAACCCAACAAAACCUAUCACUUCAGAGUCAGCGCUGAGAACCAGUACGGCGUCGGCAAAGCACUCGAAACAGACAAACCCAUUACCGCUAAGUUUCCGUUCAAUGUUCCCGAUCCGCCCGGAAAGCCAACCAUCACUGACUACAGCAAAAACACAGCCAGUCUUAGUUGGGAACGACCUCUCAGUGACGGCGGCUCUAAAAUACAGGGCUAUUCUGUUGAAUACAAGGAACCGUCGGACAGCAAAUGGCUGAUCGGCAAUGAGUUUACUAUCAAAAACACGACGUUCACAGUGAAUGGUCUCAUAGAGAACAAGGAAUACCAGUUCAGAAUCAAAGCCAAGAACGCCGCCGGUUGGAGUAAACCCAGCCCUCACUCAGCCACCAUCAAAAUGAAGGGUAAGUUUGCAGUUCCUUCCCCGCCACAGAACCUACACGUCAAGAAAGUGGGCAAAACAUAUGUUGACCUCAAAUGGGAAGCCCCGCGAAGUGACGGCGGAUCCAAAAUCACGGGAUAUAUAGUCGAGCGUAAGGAACAUAACAGCACUUAUUGGAUAAAAGUCAACGACUAUGGAUGUCUUGACUGCGAGUACACUGUCCUUAAUCUGAGCGAAAACAAUGAAUACGACUUCAAAGUGAGUGCAGUCAACAGCGCCGGUAAGAGCGAGCCCUGCCUUAUGAGUACAUCAGUUAAAGUACAAGAGAUCGCCGGCGGAUCCAAACCGGAGUUCGUGAGGAAACUGUUCAAUAAGAAUACGAACCUUAAGUCCCAAAUCACUCUGGAGUGCGAAGCCAUGGGUAACCCUCUGCCUAACGCUCGUUGGUUUAAGAAUGGGAAGGAAAUACAUGCGGGCGGACGCCUCAAAGCCACCGAAGAGGACGGAGUCUUCAAACUUAUCUUCACUGAAGUGUGGGAUACAGACGAAGCCGACUACACGUGCGAAGCCGUCAAUCCGUUGGGUUCCGACAAAACUAGUGCUUCUCUACGCAUAGCAGCGCCGCCACAAAUCAUCCGCUGUCCCAAUGAGGUGUACUUCCCUGAGAAAGACAACGGAAAGAUUAAGAUCUUUUUCUCGGGUUCGGCGCCAUUCGAUGUCAUGCUUUUCAAGGAGGGCCUCGAAGUCAAAGAGUCCGAUCACCUGAAGUACACUGUUUUCGAUGAAUACGUCAUUAUAUUCAUCAGAGAUGUGGUGAAGUCGGAUGAGGCCAAGUAUAAGGUGAUUGUGAAGAACGAAUCGGGACAGGCAGACGCCACGUUCGCUGUCUUUGUCACUGGACUUCCGGGCAAACCUACCGGACCCCUGGAAGUGCCGGAGAUAUCGAAAAAUUCUGCGACUAUUACCUGGAAAGCACCCAAAUAUGACGGCGGGUGUAAAGUCACUCAUUAUAUCGUUGAACGCAAGGAGUCGAGUCAUACCCAGUGGGUGACCGCCACCUCCUUCUGCAAGGAAACCAUUUUCACGGCUCAGGGAUUGACUGAAGGCGGGGAAUACCUGUUCCGAGUGAUGGCCGUCAAUGAGAACGGACAGAGCGAACCACUUGUCGGUGAGAAUCCGAUUAUCGCCAAAUUGCCAUUCGAUAAGCCAUCGGCACCGGGAGUGCCCGAAGUGACUGAAGUGGGCGGAGAUUUCGUAAACCUUCAUUGGGAGAAACCCGAGUCCGACGGCGGCUCUCGAAUACAGGGAUAUAUAAUAGAGAAGCGAGAGGUGGGAACUGUCGCCUGGCAGAGGGUUAAUGUCUCUAUUUGCCACUCAACACAAAUCAAUAUCUCAAACCUUAUCGAAGACCGACAGUACGAGUUCAGAGAUGGGGACACAUAUACCCUCACCAUAUCUGAUGUCUAUGGGGAGGACGCCGAUGAGUACGCGUGUCGUGCGGUCAACAAAGGAGGCGCCCGAACCUCACGAGAGGAGCUCGUCAUUAAGACUGCCCCUAAGAUCUCAGUGCCGCCAAGAUUUAGAGAUAUGGCCUGUUUUGAGAGGGGAGAGAACGUCUCCAUUAAGAUACCAUUCACUGGAAAUCCAAAGCCUAGAAUCAAAUGGUCUAAAGAGGGAGAAGAGAUCGAAAGAGGCGAUCACUUCGAUGUGAUUGUGAAGGAAAGACACGCCAUUCUAGUGAUCAGAGAUGUCUCUAAACUAGACUCCGGGCCGUAUUGUAUCACAGCUGAGAACGAGUUGGGCGUGGAUUCCGCCACAAUUAACGUACAGAUCAGCGACAGACCAGAUCCGCCGCGAUUCCCAAUUGUGGAACAGGUGGGCGACGAGUACGUGACCCUGUCGUGGAAGGCGCCCCUAUGGGACGGCGGCUCCACAAUCACUAAUUAUAUCAUCGAGAAGAAGGAGCCCUCGAUGUCCAGUUGGGUCCGUUGCGGACACACGAGGUUUCUGUUGCAUCAGAUCACUGGACUUAAUCCAAACAAAGACUAUGAGUUCAGAGUCUUCGCUGAGAAUGUUUACGGAAGGAGUGAACCCUCAGAGACAACACAAAAGAUUACGACUAAACCAUCAGAAAAGGACAAACACAAGCGGAAGGGCUGGGAAUUCGACGCAAUGGGCAGAAAGAUUAGAGGAAAGCCUGAGGGAAAAGUGACUAAUUAUGACCAAUUCGUGUCCGACGCAUACCAGUCCGCACAACCCGUCGACAUAAAGACCUCAUCUGUUUAUGACUUUUACGACAUUCUCGAGGAGAUAGGAACGGGUGCUUUCGGUGUCGUCCACAGGUGUCGCGAGAAGAAGACCGGACACAUCUUCGCCGCCAAAUUCAUUCCGGUUUCGCAUCCGUUGGAGAAAUCUAUUAUCAGGAAAGAGAUCGAUAUUAUGAAUCAUUUACAUCACGCGAAGCUCAUCCGACUUCACGACGCCUUCGAAGACGACGACGAAAUGGUUCUCAUCUAUGAGUUCAUGUCUGGCGGAGAACUCUUCGAACGAAUCACUGAUGAGGGCUAUAAGAUGUCCGAAGCCGAGGCUCAACACUAUGUCCGACAAAUCAUUGAAGGCGUCAGACAUAUGCACGAGAAGAAUAUCAUUCAUUUGGAUCUGAAACCCGAGAAUAUCAUGUGUCAGAAGAAGAACAGCAAUAACAUCAAAAUCAUUGACUUCGGACUCGCGACCAAAUUAGAUCCGCACGAAAUCGUCAAGAUCUCGACGGGAACGGCAGAGUUCGCGGCGCCGGAAAUCGUCGAGAGGGAACCGGUCGGCUUCUACACAGACAUGUGGGCCGUCGGUGUCCUAUCAUAUGUCCUGUUGAGUGGUUUGUCUCCAUUCGCCGGUGAGAACGACAUCGAGACCCUCAAGAACGUGAAGGCGUGUGACUGGGAUUUCGACGAAGAGAAGUUCCGGGACGUGUCCAAUGAGGCCAAGGAUUUCAUUCGACACCUUCUCACCAGAAAUAAAGACAAACGAAUGACAGCUCACGAGUGCUUAGAACACGAUUGGCUCAAAGGGACGGACGUACCGACCACUCCUAUACCCAAUCGAAACUAUAUUAACAUUCGGGACAAGACUCGCGCCAAAUACGACACCUGGAUGUCUGCACUCGUGCCCAUCGGACACAUCGCUAACUAUAGUUCUUUGCGUAAACUUCAGGACGAAAAGUACAAAAUGCAAGAAGUCUACUUCGACCGCAGGGAAGCCGUUCCCCGGUUUGUCAUUAAACCUCAUUCAACAUUCGCAUACGAGGGACAGGCGGCUAAGUUCACGUGUCGGAUCGACGAACCGGUGCGAAGGCGCCGCGAGGAACCCCUUCCCCUCUGGGAAGAGCCCAAGGAUUGUGCCCCACAUUUCACAUUCCUAUUGAGACCGCGUGUAAUCCAAGUGGGACUGGGAGUCAAACUGUUGUGUUGCCUCAACGCAAAGCCAUGGCCUGAGAUCCGAUGGUUUAAAGAUGGGCGAGAACUCAGUAAACAUGAAUAUACGAUGUCUUCAGCGGACGGCGUCUGCACUUUAGAUAUCACUUCUUCCAGAGUAGAAGACGCCGGAAAAUACACGUGUCUUGCGGUCAACCAUUUGGGUGAAGCGGAAACCUCUUGUAAUAUAAUAAUCGAAGCCAAAAGAGCGGUUCCGCAUCACUCGCCCUCUCCUGUUGUCAUAUCUCCGCCAACUACGCGAAUCUCGACACCAACUCCCAGAUCACCCGUUCCUCCCUUAGACACAUACAUCAGAGACUAUAAGGCAGAGUCGAAACGACAACAACAAUCGUAUUCAUCGAAAAGACACGACUCAUCCAAUUAUUCUUCACAUCAAACGUACUCUUCGGACACCUCUUCAUACCGAAGCUCUUCACUCAAGAGUUCAUCGAAAUAUCAGUCAAACUAUAGUUCGAGUAAAUAUAAAUCCGACUCAAAGACAUCGGCGAUUGGUUCAGGUUCUUCAUCGUAUUCCGAUUCUAAACGAUCGGUUCCAUUGAGUUCAUCGCCGACAACACCGACAACGCCUGGAGGCUCCAGAAGAAGGCAAAGUACUAAAGAGAUCGCACUCGAGAAGAAUGACUUCAUUGCACCGGAAUUUACUGACAAAUUAAAGGACUUGAAGAUCAAAGACGGCGAGUCAUUGACUUUGAAGGCUGUGGUGAAAGGCGACCCCGAGCCUCAGAUUCAGUGGCUAAAGAAUGGCAAACCAUUAUCUUCAUCAGACAUCAUAGACUUGAAGUACAAGAAUGGUGUGGCGAGUCUUAACAUCAAUGAAGUGUUUCCCGAGGAUGAGGGCGACUACGAGUGCAUCGCAACCAACUCUGAGGGAAAAGUAUCGACAAAAUGCAAAUUAACUAUAAUUCGUGAGUCUAAUACUUCCUAA